AUGGAAGAUGAAAAUCCUAAUGGCCUUGCAAUGAAGAUUAAAGCAAUGUUAGAGAAGGUAGAGCCUCUCUUUACAGAUAAAUGCUGCAUCUACAGGGUGCCCCAUGAGAUCCGCAGCUCAAAUGUAGAUGCAUACACUCCUAGAGCUGUUUCCAUUGAUCCGAGACGAAGAGCUUGGAAAGUUUUGAGUUGCGUGCAAGAGCUCGAGCCACAGGUUCGUGCUUGUUACUCAGAUGACAUCAAGCUAAGUAAAGAAGAACAUGUUAUGGUGAUACUGGUAGAUUGUUGCUUCAUAUUGGAGCUUUUACUCAGGUUCUUUUCUGAGGAGAGUAAGGAAGAUGAUUCUGUUACGAUCGAAACUCAUUCAACUGUUUCUCCAGACUCUCAACCCGAUCCUCCAUCGCACCUCCGCUGCGUGUGGAAACCAUUCACAGGAAGAAGCCCAGAUCGAACUUCUGAUACCAAUUGUUACGAUUUCUCUAUUAUCCUUACUGCUAGGACAGAAUUGAGUGUAGAAGAUAAGGAUUCUAUUUCAUUAUUCCCAUGGUUAGAUGAAUACUUAAGAUGGGAUUUGUUGUUACUUGAGAAUCAAAUUCCUUUCUUUGUUUUUAACAAUCUAUAUGAUCUUGCUUUCUCUACUUUAAAUGGUGGAACUGGCCACCCUUCAUUACUAAAGCUCAUUCUUGGUUAUUUUUUUGGUCCUUCUGAUGAUACUGAUUGGGAUAGUGGCAGUAUAGAACAUUUUACAGAUCUGUUAAGAACCUUUCACUUGAAACAAUCUAUAAGUCCACUUUCAAGGAAGAAGGAAACUCUGCCUUUCCUUAAAAGUGCAAUCCAGUUACAUGAAGCAGGAGUGAAGUUUAAGGUAAUAAACAAAAGGAGUCUAUGCUUACUUGACUUGAAAUUUUCAGGCCGCACUCUUGAAAUUCCACAGAUUGAAUUAGAGGAUAAAACUGAAAUUUGGUUGAGGAAUAUGGUGGCUUUGGAACAAUGCUACUAUCCUGAUGAGUCCUACAUCACUGAUUACACUGCAGUCCUUGAUUACCUUAUUAACACAGAGAAAGAUGUUGAUUUCUUGGUUAACAAGGGGAUAAUCAUCAAUUGGUUAGGUGAUAGCAAUGCUGUGGCUAAAUUGUUCAACGGUCUUGGGAAGAACAUUAUCCAUGAAACUUUUAAUGCCGAGUAUCUUCGUAUCUGUAAAGACUUGAAUGAUUUCUGUGAACAUCCUUGUCUCAGAAAAGUAGCAACUUUGAGGCGCGAUUACUGCAACACUCCAUGGAAGACGGUGGCUUCUGUUGCUGGAAUUGCUCUUCUUAUAUUAACUGUCAUUCAGACAGUAUGUUCUAUCAUCCAAGUAGUUCAAGGUUUCUCCAAGUAAUAUUUGCUAUAACAUCUUUUUGUAUUUUAAUUUCAUUGCAUAUGAUAUGGCU